ACAUCACCAAGAUGAUGAUAAACCACAAAACUAAAAGCGGUCUUUUUUGUUCUUUUUCUUUUUUUUUUUCUUUUAGCAUACCAUAUCAAUAAAAGCCAGUAUUAACAUGUCAGACUCACUUUCUAGUCUAUUAAAAGCACAUAACGAGAAACAGGCAGAAACAAAGAGACACAAUGAACAACUAAAAAAGAACGCGAUUCAGUCUGUUAAUGAACUGACUGAUUCACUGACAGAAUAUGUUAAUGAAGGGGUGAAUGAGAUCUUUUCAAAGCAAAAAGAACUAGAGCAACAGUCAAGAAAACUAGCCAAUCAAACAACACGAUAUGCAAGUCAGACGCAGCAAUGGCUGACACUUGUAGACAACUUUAACAUGUCACUUAAAGAAUUAGGUGAUGUCAAAAAUUGGGCAGAAAUCAUGGAGCAUGAUAUGAAAACAAUCAUGUCUACUUUGGAAUUUGUUCAUCAAGGCACUAUCGGUGGGGAAAGAGUAGAAUAAAAAGAAAAAGACAUAUAGCACUAUUCAGAGUAAAUACUGUAUUUUGUAAUGGCUUUUUAAAUAAGCUGUCAAGUCUGAUUUAUUAGCAACAAACAGAAUUAGCGGCAAUAGAAAUAUACAGAUUGUAUUACUCUAGUUUGAAUUGUGGGGUAAACACUUUCUAUACAUCUCUCUUCUUAUGUAUAUCAAAUAUACAUGCCUUGUUUCUUUU